AUGGGACGUUCCCGUUCUUCCCGCCCUGCUCCCCGCGCUGCCCCUCGCCGUGCCCCUGCACCUGCCCAGGCCCGUCGCUCGGCACCUGCUCCGGCACACAAGCAAGCAGCUCCUGCCCCUGCGCAUCCAAGCAGCAGUGGUGGCGGUAUGAUGAGCGGCCUAAUGAGCACGGUGGCUCAGGGCAUGGCCUUCGGAACCGGCAGCGCUGUCGCUCACCGUGCUGUGGGCGCCGUUGCUGGCUCGUUCUCUGGUGGCGCGGAUACCCCGCAGCAGCAUCUGGAAGCUGCCUCGGCGUCGCCUGACCACCAGACCGCGCAGCCACCGGCGCAAAACCAGUGUGGCGCUGACCAGAAGGCAUUCUUGGAGUGCCUGAACACGAGCAGCAACGACAUUGCCUCUUGCCAGAUGUACCUCGACCAGUUUAAGACCUGCCAGAUGCAGCAGCCAAGCGCCUUCAUGUAG